AUGGUAUUUCACCGCCCUUCUACCAUUCCCCAUCCAACUAUCUGGCACCGAUUCACGGCGAGAGGCAUCAAGCUUCGAGUCCAGGAUAUGACGGCAGAGCAGGUGGAACCAGCUGUCCAGUUGCUUGUGAAAUAUUUUAUGCAGGAUGAACCGCCCUGCAAAUAUAUUGGUAUACAAAAAUAUCCAUCCGCGCAGGCGCACUUAGAGAAACUUUGGCGUGAUACGAUCAAAGAUAAGCUGUCCAUCGUGUGUGUAGAAGACAAACCAGGUAGCCCAGUUAUAGGUGUCAAUGUCUUGAAGGUCGUCUCUAAGGGUGAUAAAGAGGAACCGUUUCAGACAGACGAUAAAAUAUGGGCGAAACUAUUCGGCGCAGUGGAUUGUGUUUCACGCGGAGUGGAUAUCUUUGCCCAAUACGGCGUGGAGGAUUAUCUUACUGCGUUUGGGUUGGUGGUGGAUCCAGCAUGGCGGGGCUGCGGGAUUGGAAAGGAGAUUUUAUUGGCACGGUACGUACGGGUUACUCUUUUUCAUUAA